AUGUCCUCCUUCGAAUCAGUGGUCGUCAUCGACGGCAAAGGACACCUCCUCGGUCGUCUGGCCAGCACUGUCGCCAAGCAGCUGCUCAACGGUCAGAAGAUCGUCGUUGUGAGAUGUGAGGCCCUCAACAUCUCCGGCGAGUUCUUCCGCGCGAAGCUCAAGUACCACGCCUACCUUCGCAAGAUGACUCGUUUCAACCCCACCCGUGGUGGCCCCUUCCACUUCCGCGCUCCUUCCCGUAUCCUCUACAAGGCCAUCCGCGGUAUGAUGCCCCACAAGACCGCCCGUGGUGCUGCCGCUAUGGAGCGCCUUAAGGUCUUCGAGGGUGCUCUCCGUGUCCUGCGUCUCCGCCCCGGUCGCAAGUACUGCACCGUUGGCCGUCUCAGCCACGAGGUUGGCUGGAAGUACCAGGAUGUUGUUUCCAGACUCGAGGAGCGCCGGAAGGUCAAGAGCAAGGCUUACUACGAGCGCAAGAAGGCCGCUCGUCGUGUUCUUGCCAAGGCCGAGCAGGGAGCGAACGUGGACAGCAAGACCAAGACCCAGCUUGCUCAGUAUGGCUAUUAG